CCUUUUUCUUACAUCUAAGCUUGGAAAUAUUUUACAGGUAUGAUCGAGGUGCGUACUUGUUUUUACCCUCAUAUGUCAUGCGAACGCAUGGAGCAAAACAACAACGUGAAGCAGUUAAAAGAACUCCAAAAACACAAUUAGAGCCAGUUUUUGAGGCCUUGGAUACAUUGGGAAACACCAAAUGGAGGGUAAACAAGAGAGUUCUAGGUGUCAUUGACAGAAUAUGGGCUAAUGGAGGUUGUAUUGCUGGCUUGGUUAAUCGUGAAGAUGUCUCUCUGCCUGAGGAACCUGAUACUGAAGAUGGAACAGAAAUUCGGAAAUGGAAAUGGAAAGUUAAGGCUGCCAAAAAGGAAAAUAGUGAGAGGCACUCACAGCGGUGUGAUAUAGAACUGAAACUUUCUGUGGCUCGAAAAAUGAUGGACGAGGAAGGUUUUUAUUACCCGCACAACCUUGAUUUCCGAGGGCGUGCAUACCCCAUGCACCCAUAUCUUAAUCAUCUAGGCUCUGAUCUCUGCCGAGGCAUCCUAGAAUUUGCUGAGGGAAGACCUCUUGGAAAGUCAGGAUUGUGCUGGCUGAAGAUACAUUUGGCAAAUUUAUUUGCUGGUGGUGUGGACAAGUUAUCCUAUGAGGAUCGAAUAAGAUUUACUGAAAAUCAUCUGGAUGACAUCUUUGAUUCUGCAGACAGACCUCUUGAAGGUGAACGAUGGUGGUUGGAAGCAGAGGAUCCUUUUCAAUGCCUGGCAGCGUGUAUUAAUCUUGCAGAAGCAUUGAGAAGCUCCUCACCAGAGACUACUAUUUCUCAUAUGCCUGUCCACCAGGAUGGUUCGUGUAAUGGCUUACAACAUUAUGCUGCCCUUGGGAGAGACAAGUUGGGAGCUGCUGCAGUGAACCUUGUAGCAGGAGAGAAACCUGCCGAUGUUUAUUCAGGAAUUGCUGCUCGAGUUCUUGAAAUCAUGCGGAGAGAUGCAGAAAAGGAUCCUGCAACUUAUCCAAAUGCAUUACAUGCCAAGCAUUUGAUCAAUCAGGUGGAUCGGAAAUUGGUAAAGCAGACAGUGAUGACAUCAGUAUAUGGUGUCACAUAUAUUGGUGCCCGUGAUCAAAUCAAGAGGAGGUUAAAAGAGCGCUGUGCCAUUGCAGAUGAUACAGAGCUGUUUGCUGCGUCUUGCUAUGCUGCAAAAACCACCUUGACUGCCUUGGGUGAGAUGUUUGAAGCUGCAAGAAGUAUCAUGAGUUGGCUUGGUGAAUGUGCAAAGGUGAUUGCUUCUGAGAACAAAGCUGUGUGUUGGAUUACUCCUCUUGGACUUCCUGUUGUACAACCUUACCGGCAACUAGGAAGGCAUCUUAUUAAAACUUCCCUUCAGGUGUUAACACUACAGCGAGAAACUGACAAGGUGAAUUUUCUUUUCCUUUCUCCAAUUUUGCUGGAGAGCUUUCAAAAAUCUUUCCCUAAGCUAAAGUUUCCGCCUUUACCAGAGAGAGGAGACUUUGACCUCAGGGAAGUUCUGGAAUCUCCCUAUUUCUUCAACUAG